AUGCUUCUUGGUCUACAUUACUCGGAUUAUUCAAUGGUAACUUUAGGCCAGGUAGAUGCCAUUAUCUACCAGCGAAGACCAGCUGGCUACCAACCAAGGCCAUGUCUUUCUAAUAGUUCAAUGCAAGCAGCUGCCAGCCAGCUCAGGGACUACUUGGUAGCAACGCAUGUACAGUUAUAUCUUGACCAUAUUCAUCCUCCCGUGCGCUAUUGCGGUGACAACCAGCAGGACAUUCCAGUCUGGCGCAUAUCUUUCGCAAUGCCAAUCUCGAAGACUAUAAUCGCAAGUUCAAUGUCUGCCCCUGCUCGAACAUGGAAAGACACAUUGCCUGAUACAAAAGUCAUGGAUGACUCGUGUGUGACCUUCACUCAUAAGAGAACAGCAAAUGAUUCAACACGAAGACCCCAAAGAAAUUUCCAGGAAGAUAUCGCCAUUGCUGCAGCUGUGAAGUCCUCGAACAGCAAGACUUUCAAGCGUUCGUCCUCUUUCGCGACUCCUGUGACCCUCACAGUCUACGAGGCUCCUUGCCUCUGGCACCAAUAUACAAUGAGAGCCACCGACAAGAACGAUUUUCCCUUACAUUCCUGGAAACCAAUGGGCACCCCCGAAUUCACGAUGUGGAAGCUCGAAACGAGGAAUGCUAUUCGGACAUCUUGGUCACCAUUAGCGACAGCUAUUGUAGAAAACUCAUCCCAUCACGUCAAGUACAACGCGGCUCUCUCAAAACUGUCCAAUUCUUCGAAAAACGAUAAAGGCAAUACAGAGCCUGCUUCGACGGGUACAAGAAAAGAUUGA